UCGGCGCAGCCCGGCUCGGCUCGGCGCAGCCCGGCACCGCCCGCCGAGCCCCCCGCCUGCCUCCCGCCCACCCCCGCGCCGCCAUGGACGGGGGCGCCUUCGGAGCGGGGAAAGCCGGCGGCGCCUUCGACCCGCAGGCCUUCAUUCGGCAGCCGCAGACCAUCCUGCGGUUCGUCUCCUGGGUGUUCUCUAUCGUGGUGUUCGGCUCCAUUGUCAAUGAAGGGUACGUGAACCGCGUGGAUGAGGUAGAAGAGCACUGCAUUUUCAACCGCAAUCACAAUGCCUGCAACUAUGGCAUUACCGUGGGUGUCCUCGCCUUCCUCAGCUGCCUUCUUUACCUGGCUCUGGAUGCCUACUUCCCGCAGAUCAGCAGCGUCAAGGACCGCAAGAAGGCAGUGCUCUCGGACAUCGGCGUCUCGGCCUUUUGGGCAUUCCUCUGGUUCGUUGGCUUCUGCUUUCUGACCAACCAGUGGCAAGCUUCGAAACCAGAGGACAACCCACUGAAUGAGGGAGGGGAUGCAGCCCGAGCAGCCAUCACGUUCUCGUUCUUCUCCAUCUUUACCUGGGUGGGCCAGGCAUUCCUGGCGUAUCAGCGUUUCCAGCUGGGUGCCGAUUCGGCCCUCUUCUCCCAGGACUACAUGGACCCAAGCCAGGACUCCGGCAUGCCUUAUGCUCCCUACACGAACGAGGAGGAUGCUACAGAUGCGGUGGGGACGUACCAGCAGCCCCCUCCAGCAGAUGCUUUCGACACCGAGACACAGGGGUACCAAACGCAGAACUACUGAGCCACCAAUGCCCCUUUCCCUUCCCCUUUCCCUUCUGCCCCCGUUCCCACUGCCGGCAGAAAGCCAAGGCACAAACAAGACACGUGCAUAGUGGUACAAGAGGUGGCUCUCAGCUAUGCUCCAGCCUUCUGGGUCAUCUGUUUUUAUUUAUUGUUUUUAAAAAAGGCAAAAAAAAAAAAAAAGGUAAAAAGGUUUCCCCAUCACCUAUUCCUUCUCCUCUCCCACCAAGCUACCUGCCAGAACCAAAUUUUUCCAAAAUCUGCAUUUUGACAGGAAGGUCCCUCCUUUCCUCCUCUCCCUCUGCCUUGUUACAGAGGGCAGAGUCUGUCUUGUGGAUAGGAGAGGAGCUAUGGCACUGGCAGGGCAGGGAAAAGGGUGUUGUAGGCAAAACAGAAGAAAUGAGAGGGACCGAGGACCUUCCUAGAAGAGAUGGUAUUGCUCAAGGCUGGAGUAGAUGUGGGAGCAUCCAAAUUGGUUUGGAGUACCUGGUGGCUCAGGGAGGAGAAUGAUGAUGGAGUCAGCAUUCAAGAGUGUGCGGAGGGGCCUGGAGGACAGAAGCAUCCUCCAUGUAAAGACAAGGGGGCUUUUCCCUGCCACAUGCUAGUGAGGGAAGGGUGCUUUAUUUUUAGAAGGUUUGGGAGAAGUGGUAUUGGAGAGGAGGGGAGUACAAGAAGAAAAAAUGGGAAGGGAAAAAGGAAGAUUUGCAGGUACAAUCAGAAAUCACAGGUAUGUCUGUAGGUUACAGCAAGAGACUGAGCAGAGCAAAGGGGUGGUGCCCUGAAAUUCAGUCCUUCCUCAGCCCCCUUGGAUUGAGGUGGACAGUGAUUCCCCUCGCCUGUACGUCCUGCUAGUCACUGCUCUUCCCAGACCAGUGUUUGAUGAGGCAGGAGGGGAGCCAUGCCCAGUCUCUGGGCUCAGAUACAGUACCUGUGGGAGGAAGGAUGGAGGAGGUGGGCUUCUAGAGAGCCCUGAGAGCCUUCAACCCCAGCUGGGCUGGUUCGAGGGGGAGAGGGGAGCUUUGUCAUUUCACCCAGAGCAGGAGAAAAAGAAAGACAGUUUUGCUCCUCAGGUCCUGCUGAACCUUCCUCUGUUCCUCUGUUCCUUUACAUUAGUGCAAAGCCUUUUGCUGACACCAUCUUUGUAGCACACAGGAAUGGAGCAGGACCCCACUUAGGAAGAAAUACUGCUGCUGGGAUAGCCAGCACGUGUCUGGCUCUCACACAGGGGUGCAGCCAAGCAGGAGGGGUCCUGCCCUGUACAGCUGUGCUUUGCCUCCCACUCAGAUAGGGAAAAGGUCUUGGUGUGCAGAGAAUUGGUUGGGGCCAGACUGAGUUGUCUGAAACCUGGUCUUUCUGUACUUGCCAUAGACCAUACCUUAGUGCUCUUCUGCAGCAUCUCAGAUCCUGAGACUUUAAAGCCUCGCCUAGGUGGCAGCAGUGACUGUUAGAUAGAGCUCUUAUGGGUAUCAUUCCACACUCCUCAUAAUUUUGUUCCAAGUAAAGACAGAACUGUGGAAGCCCACUCUUUGUUCCAAGUUAGAAGUUGGGUCUGUGUGUGAAGACAGAUUUCCAGAUUUCCCCUAAAUGGAAAUAAUUCAGCAACAGCCACCUAAACAAUUCUCCUGGGCACAGACAUCUCUCAGAACACAAGAAGCAGGUUUACCUUGCAGAAGUGAGGAGCUCCUUCCCCCACGCAGCUCCCCUGCUUGAUGCAACACUGGUCCCAGUAGCAAAGAUCAGGAGCAGAUCCAAAAUCUGUCAUUGCACAUCCAGCCUAUUACUCAUAGCCCCAUUAGGAGUGGGGAGAAUAGGAUGCAGGUCUGACCUGUGGUUGUGUGAACAUCUUAUCUGGAGGACACCAAGGUUACCAGGCCUUCCCUCCUCCCAGUGCCCCACAAAGAUAAGGAAGGGGUAGAAACUGUAGCGCAGCAGGGGGAAGUGGAGCACUGUUCUCCACUGUAUAUUCAGGCACUGUUUCUCCCUGUUCCUACCAGCACAACUUGUGCUGCUGGUGGCUGUCCCCAUGGCUUCUCCUCCCCAGGCUUGCCUUGCCUUACUGGCGGUUACCCACUGGUGAGGACAGGAGCGGGGGAUCAGGUAGCCCUAAGGACACAGCAGGAAUGACUGGGCACAGGCACACAUCCCUUGCUCUGUGCCUAUAAGUGAAUGCAAUACUGUAAAUAAAAGGGGUGCUUUUUGGAAGGAAGCCCCUUGAGCUUCAUUUUCUGUGGGUUCAGCCUAAUAUUUAGGCUUGGGACGGGUUUACUUUAUUGAGAGAGGUUUGUUGUGACUGGAUGUGGGGGGGAGCACCCUCCUGUCUGUCUCCCACCAGGGGAGAAGAAUGAUUGAAUGAUGAGGUGGAGGAGGAGAGAAGUUAGUUGUACUCACCUAGAUUCAUCUGUGUCAUCCUUCAUGCUUUCCUUUGGGGUGUGGGAAGGGAACAGAGAGGAGGUGGAGGCUGUAAGUAACUAUCCCUCAGCACAAAAAUAUGUUGUACCUUUUGGGAGGUGCCUCCUCUGUGAGUGACUAGGCACAUAAGGAGAGGUACAGGCAGUGGGGGGGGGGGAAAUCUACCUGGGGCUCUGUUUUGGGGUGUGGUGCAGGAGCAUCUUGCAUGCCCCUUCUCCCAUCCGAGUUAUGUAGGUGGCUAAACACCAUUUGGGGCUGACUAAUGAGCAAGCUUUUAUUUAUCCUCUUGGGCUUGCUUCCCUCAUGUAACAAGCUGAUGGGCUCAGGUGGGCUUGAGGCAGGAAUGAGCCUCCCCCUCAGAGCCAGCACUUCAGUGGGACAUAAGCCAAGUGACUUCAUCUUGGGUUACGUCCCAUCUCUCUGUUGUUCUCCUUGCUUUGUGUCAUAAAAAAAGCAUUGAUGUGACACUACAACAGAAGAUACUCGGACAACUUCUUGCUUUUGCUUAUGGGAGAAGACAUACUCUCCUUGGGUUCAUGUGCUUUCAGCCUUUGCAGUGGAGGGUUGGUGGUGACAGACCUUGGAGUGGGACUCUGCUUGUUUGCGUGUAGCCCUUUAAAAUGCAGAAUGCAAUUUCCAGUGGCACUUGGCUAGUUCUGUAGCUGAUGAGACAUACAGACCCACCCAAAGGGCUGGUUAUCCUAUCUGAGGUGCUUCUGAUAACGUGCUGCCUAUUUCUGGUGAUCAGAGGUGAGACCUGAGCAGCUGACUGGAACAUGUCCCUUUUACAUUCUAACUGUGGGUGAGAUCAGCCCCGGUCUAGAGAUUAGGAGAUCAGAGGGAAGGCUGUAUAAGCAAAAUGAUAAGGCAGCUUUCUUUCCCCUCUGCCAUUUGUUCUGAUUACAGGGGAUUACACAUCCCUUGUUGGGAGCAAUGGCCCCUUGAAGUCUUCUUAUUUUACGAAGCCCCCAA